UUUUUGUUUCAUUAGUAUUAAUGACCCUCGCCUCGUACGGCAGCGAAAAACAGUGUGACUUUUUGACAAAUUGAAUCAAUUGUGUGCUAAGUGUUGGUUGAAAAUGUAAUGAUUGUUCUCAGUUCGGGAUGGACUUCGCCACUAUCGUUAGCAAUAUUUUCGGUGGAAGCUGUCCCGUAUCAUUCCUGUCACUCGGUUCCAACGAAGACUUGCUGCUUUCAAGAUGUUUGGAGGAAAUUGAAAAUUGGUUGGACAACAAGCUGCAGAGUCACAAUUUUACUGAAGAAAACGAAGUGACAGAUGGACGGCUCGGUCCUAAACGAGCUAUCUUCGAUGUGACUGAAGACAGUACAAUAUCGGUGUCGAAAGAUAAAUUAACCUUGCAAUCACAGAAUGCCUUUUCGACGGUUAAAGCUAAUUGCUGCGUGUUUGCUGGCCGUUGGAUGUAUGAGGUUCAAUUGCGCUCGAAAGGUGUCAUGCAAAUCGGGUGGUGUUCUGCCCACUGCAAGUUCACACAAGACACGGGAGUUGGUGACACACGGUACAGUUACGGAUUGGAUGGAAGUAAACAACGAAUAUGGCAUGUUCACACGCAAAAGUAUGGUCCCUUUUGGCGCUCGGGAGACAUAUUUGGAGUUUGCGUGGAUAUGGACGAAGGAAAGAUUGAAUAUUAUAGAAACGGAGCAGCCCUGGGAGAAGCAUUCAAAGACAUCGAAAGAGGACCCGGGUUAGCAUUGUAUCCAGCAGUUUCGCUAGCAUUUAAUGAUAGUCUUACUGCCAACUUCGGUGGUUCUCCACUGAAGCAUCCGGUCAAAGGGUACCGUUGUCUCCAGGAACCACCCAACAUUUUUCUUUUUCAAGCAGAUUGCCUCCUGCAGUAUCUGGUUAACCUUGCAGGAACUAUUUCGCGUCAUACUCAAAACGAUCCAGAUGCAUGUUGUUCCCGAACAGAAUCGCUAUCCUUUGAAUCAAUGUACAUGCUAGUUGCUUCAAUGUUGAUUGGAAGAAUCGCCCCACUGUUAGCAAAUUCCUACGUAGUUGAAGACAAAGUAUUCAAAUACAUGAAGGGAAUGUGUGUCUUGCGCAGUAAUUCCAAAAAUAACCCUCCCACCCAACCGGGAUCGCCGGAAAGCACCCUUGGAACAUUCCUCACCCUGCUCUGGGCCUAUUUAGAACCGGAGGAGAUGAAACUUUUUCUCAAAAAGUUGCUCAAUUUUCUAGCUAAUACUUACAAGGAGACUCCUGUCGAUUUAGAGUAUGAAAAGCAACGAAAAAUCAUCGUCAUUCUAACCUGCAUAUGUCAACACCCGCAAACGCGCAAAUAUCUGCUGGAGUAUAAGUUAUUUAAGAAAAAUUGUUUGCCCUUGUUCUUGUACAUCAAACCACCCGAUGAGACCACUUUGGAGCAACUUUUGCCGGACGAUACUAUAUGGACCGAAGGUCUGGGUGGCCCACGAGAGCUGUACUUGGCUGCAUGUGAUAGGCUCCGAGCACACACCAGUGUACUUUACACACUGCAGAAGAAUUUGAUUCUAAUAUUGCUCAACAACACCGACGGCAUUGAGGGUUCUCCUUCCAGUAGGCAGAUUUUUGUCACCAAGCUGCGUAAGUUCGUGAUGGAUAACAAUGCUGAAAUGAGAGGCCUCUUUUCAUCAUCUACUCAACCCGCAAUUGGACUAUCGUUCUUAUGUACCCUCCUCGAUGUGUCACGAACUCUGUGGAAUGAAGAGUUGAUGUCGAAAAACUCGGACAGUACUAUUCCACCAUUUAUUGACUAUCGUUACUUUUACGAUGGAAGCUUCAGGUACACGAAUAUCGAUCGUAUUGGUGGAGUGCUAUCCUAUCUGAGGAGACAUUUUCGCACCCAACUAGUGGAUCGGUUGGGCGAGGAUCACCCCAGUUUAACGGCUGUAGAUCAGCAGUCGGAUUUGCGUAACGAAAUCGCGGCUUUCAAUGCCUUUCUUGACUCCGCUAUCUUUCUAGUAUCCGGUGGUCCAAAUUCAACCUAUUCAAUCGUUUCGAGAGCUGCUACUAAUGUCACUUCGGAGUUUCAAGGCGACUCAUCGCAGACUGUUAAUCAACCGGGCACCAACGUCAGUGCGCCGCCUAUCGGUUAUGUAAAUCUUGACAAUCGGAUGUCUAUUUGUGAUUUGCUGGAUUGUGCUGUAAUCUUCUAUUACUCCGUUGCACACAAAUAUGUAGUGAUGAUAGCGGAUUUGCGAGACAACAUUAGUCACUUGUCGGAUAUAUUACUGGAAACAAAGACCAAUUGUGACGAUGUAGUCCAUAAUCUGGAUGAAUUGAAACGAUCCAGUGAUUCGCAAUUUAGCAAAACCCACGAAGAACUUAUCCAAGAGCUGGACACGCGUUUUGGCCAAAGGAAGAAUAUUUUUGCAAAACGCUCAAUGGAACUUGCUCGUAAACAAGCUUGGUACCGUUCAGUUGCUCUUGGGGACCACCGUCGAAACCUACUCUGCUGGUUGAUGGGGAUAAUUUUUGAAACAUUGCACAGAUUUAGUCAGGAAGAUGUUUUAUUUUCGUUUCUGCCGGAGACUUACGUCAACGUUAUUCCGGUUUUGCUAGAUACGAUACUCGAUUUCAGCUUCCAUGACACUGCCCUACAACAUGAGCUGUCAGCCGACAGCCAACUGAUUAACUCUGCAGCUGAAUUUCUCGCUCUACAUUUUGCCGAUGCAAGGGUGAUACUGGCAUCAUGCAAGGAUGCUCUUAUCCAAGCACUUGGAUCACUCACAUGUCACCAGGCUGGAAUUCGUGCGCUGGAAUUGGCUUCCACUAAGAGCCAACAAGCGUUUAUUAGAGCAUUACUUCGCCCGUAUGAAAAUCGAGCUUGGGGUCAAAGUAAUUGGCUACUGCUGAGGUUCUGGUUGGGAGAUGGAUUUGCAUAUCGUGAAUCGAGACCACCGUGCGUGUGGCAGGCUGGUAAUGAGCAUAGACGUUCACUAGGUCUGUACCGAAGUAGAGCAAAAAACGGAACACACACUGGACUGCUUCAUCUGAUUGCCCCCGCCUGUCCGUCCAGGCAUUUUCAGCAAAUGAUCAGUGAGAUGCUCAGCAAAGAUGAACCAUACUGUACUACGUUCCUAAACUCGGUCCUCUCGCAGUUAAACUGGGCGUUUUCGGAAUUUAUACACAUUUUACAAGAUAUUCAAAACGUUGCCCAACGGGACGAGCAGCAUGCAAUCGAAACUAAGCAGCUCAAGAUAUGCUCCAUGUGUUUCGAGUUAACCGUUUCACUGAUGCGGGCACUAGAAAUGAUUGUUACUAUCACCCCAGGAGUGCUGCAGGAUGCUUCACGAGCUAACAGUGAGAUUAUUUUGGCGCGAAUUUGUCAGCUUGCAAUUCAGGUACUAUCCCGUGUUACCGUUCCACCCGGGUGCUUCCAACAUGUGAUGGACCUUUGCCUACCGGAUUUGAGUAACGUGACUCAUUUUGCUAUUAUCAGUUCCGCCAUAGGAAUUCUGCUGGCGCUUAUGAAGAACGAAUUGGGUAAUGAAGAUGGAAGUUGUAGCAGUUCCAGCAUUGCAGACAUCAGCUUUACCAAGAUUCCUCGUGUCAGUAAGCAUCUGCUAACUGAUACCAGUUUUCACAUCACCAGUUUGGAGUUUGCUUUAGGAGACGUGAAAACACCCAUAAACGUUACAAGUCACGAUACCACACCUCGGGGAAAUUUUGAUCCCAAAAUGAGAGCCCACAUUGACCCACUGACGAACGAGGUGCGAGUACCGUCACCUUUUCGGGCAAUUAUCGGUGUUAAAGAAAUCGUGCCCGAUCCUCCGAUCAUUAAAUUUAACAUGGCAGAUUAUCCAAAUCAUGUGUCGCAGGAGGAGUUGAACCAAGUCCGUCGUCUCAUUGAGGUUCUUCAACUUAGGCAGACAUUGCUCUCUGAAAUCACCGUUCUAUCUGAAGAAUCACUAUGUCCUAUAUGUUAUGCUAAGCAAAAUUCAGCUAUAUUCGAGCCUUGUCAGCAUCAAUCAUGCGAAAAUUGUAUUAUCCAACAUUUGAUGAACAACAAGCUAUGUUUCUAUUGUAAAAUACCAAUCGCAAAGGUAAGCCGCACGGAUGGAAUGAUUAUUUACAAAAACAAUGUUCCAGUCAAUGAUUUUUCACUGCCACAAACUACAAACAAUAGCUCAUCACAAACUGCCUCCGUUGAUGAAGGUGACGGUCCGAGCGGAGCAUUCCGAUCGGAGAAUAUCUAGUCAAAUUUGUAUUAUUCUAACGAAAAGAGUAUUUAGUUUUUUAAUGCACCAGCAAAACAUUCUAGUCAAAGAAAAAUGCAUGAGGCCUUGCUCACACAAAUUAGAUGUUGUACUCAUCGCUUUACAUUGCUCAUAUUAUCUUUGGGAUAGAAAAAUAUUUGUUUUCAAAAUAUUUACGAACGAUUCUAGUUCGACACACCUCUAAAAUUAUUUUUCUAACCAGAAUGGCCUCUAAGACUCAAAUCGUAAAAGACAUUUUCAAAGAUAAUAAAUUUUGCUUACCGCUUUUUGUCUGAAAGAA